CGAGGGGUGUUUAUUUUCUUUAUAUUUUGCGGCCUGGCGGCUCCGUUUGUCGUGUGAAAUAUGAUCCAUUCCAGGAUUGCUUCGGGUGUCGACUGCGGUCGGUGCGUGUGACGAGGACAGUCCGGGAUUCUCCUCCCUUCUCAGCUGCAGGCUGGUGUAUAGAUCAAUGGCAACUGGUUAUUCUCUGACACUUUGUCCAUGUGGCCUUUCUUCGUGUGUGAGCCCAAACUGAAGCUCUGGAUUUGUUUGCCCUACUCUUCCCUUUCGAGGGAAUAUACAUUGACAGUAUCCGAACGCUCUCUUCUGUGAAGAAUGGCUGGUUUACAGUUGGCUUCCUUUGGAAGGUUACUAGUGAUUUUAGUCUUUCUGCUGAACAUCCCUCUCCACCAUGGAAUAGAAUUUGACCCUUACAGAUCACUGGGAGUCAGCAGAACUGCAACCCAAGCAGAAAUAAAGAAAGCUUACAAACAACUGGCUCGGGAGUGGCACCCUGACAAGAAUAAGGACCCAAAGGCAGAAGAUCAGUUCAUUCAGAUUAGCAAAGCAUAUGAGAUCCUUUCAAAUGAGGAGAGGAGGUCGAAUUUUGAUAAGUAUGGAAAUGCUGAUGGACAGCCAGGGAAUCUCCAACAUCCACAGCACCACUUCCGGAGUUUCCAUAAAUAUGACAGCUUCUUCUUCGAUGACUCCUUUUUUCAAUUCCAGUUUAAUUCUGCCCGUGACUCAUUUGAUGAUAAGUACCUACUGCAUUUCUCGCAGUACAUGACUGAGGUUGUGCCAGAUAGUUACAAGAAACCAUAUCUCAUCAAAGUGACAUCCGAUUGGUGUUUCAGUUGUGUUCACAUUGAGCCAAUCUGGAAGGAGAUGGUGCAGGAGUUCGAACCUCUGGGCCUUGGAAUUGGAGUCAUAGAUUCAGGGUAUGAGCGUCGCCUGUUAACUCAUCUCGGGGUGUAUCAGCAUCCGGCAAUAGUUGGAGUCAUCAAUGGAAGAGUAACAUUCUUUAAAACCACUGUGGUUCGAGAAAACUUGAGACAAUUUGUGGAAAAUCUUCUGCCAAGCAACCUUUUGCAGCAGGUAACCAACAAGAAUUAUGUACAUUUCUUGUCUGCGUGGGAGCAAGACAACAAGCCACGUGCAUUAAUAUUUCACCAGAAGUCUGCAGUGCCACUGUUGUAUAAGCUGAUUGCAUUCCAGUUCAAAGAUUAUGUUAAGUUUGGCUCUGUGAAGACUGGGACAGAGAUGACUGAGGAAAUCCUGGAUCAUUACAGUACAAGUGGUUACACCCCUACCAUAAUGAUUUUUAAGGAGAAUGUAGACAAUGCAGCUGAUAUAAUUCAGGCCAAAGGAUUGAAGAAACAAAUAAUAGAUGAAUUUAUUUCUGGUCACAAAUUCCUACUGGCUCCUCGUCUUACAAACCAGAAACUUUUCCAGCAGUUGUGCCCUCCGAAACAAUACCGUCGUCAGAAAAGAUACUGUGUCCUGCUAAUCAUUCGAGAGAAAGAUGGGUUGCAGGCUCCAUACCACUCCUUUGUCUCCUUUGCCUCUGUGAAUACUAAAGAGUAUCUGAGAUUUGUUUAUAUCUAUCCAGAACGUCAACAAGCAUUUGUUAAUACCUUGCUCCCGCCAGCACUGAGAAACAGCCCUACACCAAAUAUUGUCAUUCUACAGCAAAGCAGCACUCCAGGGAAAGUAUUCUAUAAACUACUUGAAAAUGGAUGGAAUGGGAAUGAGGAUGACAAAAUGGAAUUAUUUAAUGAGCUGAAUUAUUUAAUAGGAAUGGGAGACCACACAUUGCUUUCGUAUGAUGUUCUGCUACCUGAGCUAAAUGAUGAAUUUGCACCAAUGUUCCUCCUUCGCUGGCUGCAUGCCAUAACAGAUUAUGCAUCUCAAAUCUGGGAAUCUGGGUUCACUCAGAACUGGAGGGAAAUGAUGCCUUUGAUUUCUCUACUUUUCUCUGUGGUUUUCAUUCUGUUUGGAGCAUUCGUCAUUCAAGCCUUUGGGGAACCGAAUGACCUGGAGAGGAGGUCUGAGUCUGAGAAAGAAAAAGAACCAGCAACAGAUAAGGUUCAGGAAGCAUCAAAGAAGCAGCAAAUCAACACCAGCAGGAGUUCAAGGUCCCCGGAGCAGAGUUUUGUUGAAGUGACUGAACUGACUUAUGUCAACUAUACUAGCAACCUUGUGCGGCUAAUGCCUGGAAACAUCAAUGUGCUGGUUGUGGUUACUGAUGCUACAAAGAAUGUUUUAAUUCAGAAGUUUGCACACGAGGUCUAUCCUGUUACCUGGAACAAAUCACUACACUUCUCCUUUUUAAAUUUAUCAAAACACCGCAGGUGGCUGGCAGAUCUGUUAGAAUUUGCCCAGGAUCCUGCUCGAAUUUCCAGUGCACAAGAUGAAAGUUACCAUAAUCAGAAUUACAUUGGCUAUGUGUUGGCAUUAAAUGGACACCGGAAGUACUUCUGCCUGUUCAAACCCGAACUCUGUAAUGGAACUGAGAACAGCAGCACACGAAAUGGCUUGGAAUCAACACGAGGUAGGAAUGGGCCAGAUGAGGGAGCUACUGCAAUGGAAACAAACAGCCCACAUCAAUCUCCACGCAGCUCCAAUUCAUCUGUGAAACGGACCAAGCAACUGCUCAACAGACUUAACCUAUGGAUGGACAGGUUGCUUGAAGGGAUUCUACAACGAUACUAUGUGCCCUGUUGGCCUGAGCUUCACUGAUAUCCUGUAGUUCUGCUGGUAGAAUUUUAUGCUGAAAUGCAUCUGAGCCACAUUUGGAUAGAGCGGGUAUAUACAGCUCUAUUUUAUUUUUCCAGAAUAUUUUCUCAGUCUUGUUAUUUAGAUCUGUGAUGCAAAGAGCCAUGUAAAGUGAAGCAAAAGGACCAGGUGAAUCAACAGGCUAAAAAGCUGUGUUCACACAAAUCUUCUGUUGCCUGGAUAGAAAGACAUAAACCUUUUUUAAAAUUGCACAGUAACAAAUGAGGGAGUUGGUGAGCGAGUGGAAUUCAAAACCGGAUGGAUACUCGUAAUAUGAAGGAGUCUGAGUCAUUGUUUUCACUAUAAAACUUGCAUAAUACUUGAAUUAUUGUACUGUACCUCAGUUUAGUUGCUCUGACCCUACCUUCCUUCUCUUCCUCUGGUAUGAGAAUCUAUCAUUGACUUGUACAUUGUAUAUUUUGCCACAAUGUUUUGGAGGAAAGGAAGGAAAAGAUGUCUCAGUCCUCUCCUCCCAAAGACACUGCUGUGAAGAGAGAAUGAAAAGCUCACCCUCAAUUGAGUGCAGGUAUCAGACUUUUCUGAAGUCAAGUGUAACGAGUUAGUUACUUUAAACCUUUACUUUGCUGCCUAAUGCACUUCUCAGCCAUCUUCUCACCUCCAUUUUCUCUAUCCGUUCCUAAAUAUGAUAACUUUUGCUGAAGUACUAGAACUGAAAGCCAUCACCCAAAUGUGGGAGUCCCAGCAGCAUGUCAGCAACUUUUUUAGUUGCUGUUGGGACACCUCAUCUGAUGUCCAGAGGCAUAUUACAUACACUUCCCAGGGGCAGUGACUGCAUAGUGAUCAGCAGUCCGAACCUGGCAGAGUUUUUACCCUCCCAAUUCCUCAGUGCAAAGUAUUGAAACCAUUUGUGAACCUAUUUCCCCAACCUCCACCCCCAAUGUGCAUGCUGAGAUUUGAUUUUAGAACAGAGCAGGGAUUGAACCUUCAGAUCUAUAUGGUCUGGUGCAACACUGUUGACUUCCUUCAAGGUAUUGAGGAGCAUUUUGCAACCAAAACUUAAAAGUUAACUGAAGUUUUUGUAAUCCCAAUUGCAGGAGACUGGGUUAAAAGUUGCAGAGGAAUUUCUAUGAAGCAGGGUUCAGAUAUACAGUUAAUGUCUACUAGAUUAGAUGAGGUACUAACAGACUUGAACUAUAAAUGUUAACCAGUGAACUGAAAUAAUGUACUCUGCACCUUACUGAAACAACUUUGCUCUGUUUGGUUGCCGUGUACCAGAACCUGAUGCAACUAAUAUAAACUGUAUUUAAUGUAUUUAUUAAAUGUUAUAAGUUUAGAUUUAUUUAUAGCUGGCUUGCUGCCUGUAUAUUCUGUCACAGCAAGAGAGCAGAAUCUGAAAUAAAAGCAAGAAUUACUGGAA